AUGAGAAAGAUCACUGGCAAACACUUACUGUGCUUCUUCCUGCUCGUCUUCCCGCUGUCCUGGGCAGAGGACACAAAGAAAGAUGUGAGGAAGACUGACAAUGAUACAGUUUGGAGCCAAGCAAAGACCAGACCGCUAUUUGCACGGCGAAAGAUUUCUCCAUCACAGGAAAGUCACAUUCCUAAACACAAGACAGACCUUAUGACCCCUUCACGUCGCUGCGGCCGCCUGAUGGAGAACUGCUCCUCUCGCGUGCCGUGCUGCGACCCCUGCGCCUCCUGCCGCUGUCGACUCUUCAACACCAUUUGUCAUUGCUGGAGGAUGAACCACCUGUGCUUAAAGAAGACAUAA